AUCCACUGUAACUUCGCGUUGCUAGCGCGAUGCGGAGUUACAUGACUAGGUUUUUCGAGAAGCAUGGAGGUGUGAAUAUGCUCCUGAAUUGCAGGAUUGGGUACGACUAUAGGCACGGCUGAAUUCGAUUUUGUGAACCCAGGCAGUGAAUCGUGGAAUUAACCAGCCGCCAGGGAAUACUGAAUGGCGAUCAGCGAUGGAUAGCAUCGGCGACUGACCCAUGACCAAGAGGCAAGGAAGGUGCAUUCGCCAUCUGGAUAGUCCUCUUCUGUUAUAUGCGGCAGGCGACUCCUACUUUCUGGCCGCCUCCUCAGCGUUUCUUCUCGCAGUCAGUCUUCUGUUGGGUCACAACUUCAAUGUCUUCCCUGAUUCUCUAAACGUCGAAUCUUUCAAAUACACCGAAUCUGAGUGACACCAAUCGGAUUCUUCACAAUGAAGACAUUCUACAAUGUCUACGCGAUCUGCGGGUUCGCCGCGAUCGGCGGUGGACUGUUCGGCUUUGACAUCUCGUCGAUGUCUGGCGUCCUCGGGACACAGGCCUACAAGAACUACUUCGACAACCCUGUUUCGUACCGACAAGGAGGCAUUACUGCGAGCAUGCCAGCCGGGUCGUUCUUCGGCGCCCUUGCGAGUAGCUUCAUAGCUGACAGGUUCUCCCGCCGUGCUGCUAUUCAGAUUGCGAGUGUGAUUUGGAUCAUCGGUUCCAUUCUCCAGGCCGCUUCGAACGGGAUCCCUCUUCUAUGUGUCGGGAGAGUUAUUUCAGGCGUAUCUAUCGGUAUUUGUUCUACCAUCGUACCGGUUUAUCAAUCGGAGAUAGCGCCGAAGAAUAUUCGGGGCCGUGUCGUCUCCUUUCAGCAGUGGGCUAUCACUUGGGGUAUCUUGAUCCAAUAUUUCAUCCAGUAUGGGGCUUCUCACGUCGAUGGCGGGGCAACAAACCCAACUCAGGGAACAGCAGCAUUCCGUAUCCCUUGGGGAAUCCAAGCUGUCCCUGGUGCAAUCCUACUAAUUGGCUUGUUCUUUUUCCCGCGAAGCCCACGUUGGUUGGCAUCUAAGGAUCGAUGGGAUGAAGCCCUCCUGGUUCUCGCAAACCUUCAUGCGAAGGGCGACAUCAACGAUCCGAAAGUUCUUGCUGAAUACAAGGAAAUCGAGGAAGCCUUGAGGUUCGAGCGCGAGGAAGCGACCAAUAGCUUCCAAGCCCUCGUGCAGCCGCGUAUGCUGAAGCGAGUCAUACUAGGGAUGUCCAUCCAGAUGUGGAGUCAGCUGUCUGGUAUGAAUAUCAUGAUGUAUUAUAUUGUGUAUAUCAUGGAAGCCAGUGGCCUCGGCAACCCGCUUCUCACAGCAUCCAUCCAGUACAUCCUCAAUGUGGCACUCACACUCCCUGCAAUUCUCUACUUAGACAAAUGGGGUCGUCGUCCAGCUCUUCUUCUUGGAUCGUUCGGCAUGAUGGUUUGGCUCUUCAUCUCUGGCUCCGUCCAGGGGGUCUAUGGCAAGCCGAACCCUGGGACAGAUCCAACGCUCAGUGACAUCAGCUGGGUGCUCGCAGACAAUCCAGCUGCCAGCCGAGCAGUCGUUGCGGCCUCUUACUUAUUCGUCUGUACAUUUGCAACCACGUGGGGACCCGUGAGCUGGACAUAUCCUAGCGAGAUCUUUCCCUCGAAGGUUCGAGCCAAAGCGGUGUCGCUAGCCACCGCAUCGAACUGGGCGUGGAAUUGCGCUCUCGCUUUUGGCGUCCCACCUCUCCUCUGGAACAUCAACUGGAAGAUGUACAUGAUAUUCGCAGCUUUUAAUGGCGCUGCCUUCAUCCACAUGUUCCUGACUGCCCCCGAGACUAAGGGGAAAACACUCGAGGAAAUGGACGAAGUCUUCGAUUCCGGCAGGCCAGCAUGGAGGAGCGCACCAAAGGAGUCGCGACUAGAGAGACUCCAGAAUGAAAUCGAGAAGGGCAAUGUCAAGGUCACCGUUCCGAGCAAGAUCGGUACUACAGAGGUUGUUGAGGAGAAGACGAACUAGGCGGGAAGGCACCCUUCACGUGUCCCGAUUCCGAUAUUCUGCCACUGGCGUCCAUGACAUGAGGCAUACAUUAUUCGAUUGCGAAGGGUUCACGAGAGCAAGAGCGCCGGAAGGAUUACAUUGAUGCGAGUCUCUGUCUCAUGGCCUAUCACUUUUAUUCGCUGGAACAUGGACAUACACAGCGUCUAUGUAUUACCGUAGCACUAGGUAGAGAAGCAGACAGAAUUGAAUGAUAGUUUCCAAUAACGAG